UGCUUUCAUUUGCAGUAUCAUUUCAACUACCGUAAGCAAUAAAACUAUAAUAAAAAUGGCAUCAGAAGAUGAAGUUGUGAUUGAUCUCAGUAAAAUGAGAAUUCCCGAGUUAAAGAAGGAAUUACAGUUGAGAGGGUUGAAGACUGGAGGCAAUAAACACGACCUAAUUGAACGACUUCAACAAUACUUGGAGGAACAUGAAGGUGCAGAGGUUGCGGAUGAUGAGAUAUUAAAAGAGGAUGAAGAAGAAUCAUUAAUAGAUGAUCAAAAACUAGAGGAUUCUGUUUUAUCAGCUCCUCUUGAACAAACUAAAGAAAAAGUGCCGAAUGACACUGAGAGCGUUGAAACUGAAAAUGACAAAAAGAUAGAGGAAGAGGAGGAUUCAUUAACUGAAAAUAUUAAAGACUUGCAUUCUCCAACUGGCUUAUCUGAUGCUGAUAAACUGAAAAUUCGUGCACAAAAAUUUGGUGUCACCGUAUCUGACAUGAACGCUGACGCAAGAAAAGCUGCACGAUCCGAAAGAUUCGGAACAGGUAAAGGGAUAGGUACUACACCUGGUGCGGACCCUGAUAAACUCAAAAAACGGGCCGAAAGGUUUGGGGGUGCCGUCUCCAGUACCUUAAGUACUAAUGAAGAAGAUGAAAAACGGAGGAAACGACAAGCUAGGUUUGGUAUUGAAACAUCUGGUACAAUAACAGGUGAAGAUGUUGAUAAAAAGAAAAAGAGGGCUGAAAGGUUCGGGCUGACUGUUUGAAGCAGAGUUACCUUAUUACCUCAUUCCAUGCAUGUGCAUUGUUGAUAGGCCCCUUUGAUCGUAUGUGUGAUACACACCUAGGUAUCCUAAUUUCAUCUGCAUACAAGUUCAAAAUUGGUUUAAGACAAUCUGUGUUUUAUUAAUGUUGUAUUGUUCUCACUAGUGAGAACCAUAUUAGUUGAAUUUAAAUUGAAUUUGAGUUCUCUGAUGUCCACUACCGCUGCUUAGUCUACUCAAUCAUAGCAACUUUUGAACUGUUCUGUUGGGUGAUGGUCUUUGUAACUUUGGCCUUGGCCUUGGAAAAAGUAUUGGUAUGCAUCAUGGUCCUCUGUUGCAUUGUACUUGUACAAUUUACAAUAGGCAUAUUUAAUGGUACCAAUUUUACUGUUUUAUUAAAUGACACACAAACAGGGUGAUUAUACUAGUAGUCGCUAGUAGUUAUUUUGCCAUUACAACAUCGAUGUUACAUUCUAUACUUAGUAUUGAAAAUUAUAUAACAAAAUUCGAUUUAUAACAUGGUAUUGUUGCACUAUAUCACAUUUCUUAUAUCUAUAAAUUCUUUAAAUACUGAUUAUGACUCGAGCAUAAUAAAUUUGUAUAUGGUAAAUGGAAAAUGAAGCUAUUUCCCUAACGUAUCCAAAAACUGGUGUCCAUUCUUGAUCACCUACUUGGGGCAUCAAGAUGACAAUUCUCUAGAUGGAAAUAUUCUGAAAUAAAGAAUACUUUGUUGUAAAUUAUAACUAAUUUUACAUCAGCUUGAAUUUUCAUUUUUCUUCAAACAUAUCUGCAUUCAAAUCUCGAUCCGCAUUUUUUCUGGGCGUUGUACAGUCCUAUUCCUAAAAUUUAGAUUAUUAUACAGUUUAUUAUAUCAUUUGCAAUCCAUGGAAAUAAUUCUGUAUACUUGGCUGCUUGAUUGUUAAGUCACUAGUCUUGAAAAUAUUGGUCAAAUUAUUUUGGAAUUUCAUUUUCAAUCCAAUGUGUUUUUAUCUUGAUAUAUUGAAUAUCGCCACCGAACUUUACAUCAAACUUUGAAAUUCAUGAUUAAUUUCUUUGUUGUUACCAUUUUGUCUAGA